GACGACGAGACGUCCGAGCCCCUCAUGCAGCGCGCCGACGACACGGAGGAGGCGCUCAAGACGCGCCUCUCCGCCUACCACGAGCAGACGGUUCCUAUCCUCGCGCACUACGAGCCGUCGGGUGCCGUCAAGCGCGUCGACGCAAACAAGGCGCCCGCCGAGGUC